AUGGAUAAUGCCACCUACGCUCAGCAACGAGCCGAGAAUGCGGAGCGACAACCUCUCCUAGGAGGGGCAUACAACUCCCAGCAGCACGAACCAACCGCUGCUGACCCCGACCACGACGAGUUAAGCAGCACCCGUCUCGCCGUGGUGUUUGGGAGCAUAUGGGUACGAAUCGCGUCCGCUGUGGUGCCCCUGAUGGCGAACUCGACCAUUGUCGCCACUCUCACCGCCGUUAUCUCGACGUCCUUUUCGUCGUUCAACAACCUCUCCUGGAUUGGGACGGCGUAUUUAGUAGGAACCGCUGCCACCCAGCCCCUGGCAGGAAGAUGGACUGAUAUCUACGGACGACGGCGGGGGCUCCUGGCGGCUGGUGUCGUCUUCGGCAUCGGCACCCUGCUUUGCGGGAUCGCCUCUCAGGAAUGGGUCUUCAUACUCGGCCGUGCCAUUGCCGGGGCUGGAGGAGGCGCGACGACCGCCACCUCGACAUUCGUCGGCGCCGACUUGGUGCCUCUGCGGCGGCGCGGCGUCGUUCAAGGCAUCAACAACAUCGCGAUGGGCUGCGGCACUGGGCUUGGCGGCCUCGUGGGUGGUCUGCUCAACAAAUGGUUUGGCUGGAAGAUGGCAUUCCUCGCCCAGCUACCCAUUGUUGUCCUCGGCCUCGUGCUCUGCGCUGUGGUCCCCGAUAUCCCGUCGCAGCCCUCCAAGAAAGACCACGGGAGCCGGCUGGACUAUGCCGGCUCUGUCUCGCUUGUCCUCGCCAUCGUCCUGUUGCUGGUAGGCCUUAACGCAGGAGGCAAUGAGGUGGCGUGGACCCAUCCACUGGUGUGGUCCACCAUGGUCCUCGCCGCCGCUCUUUUCGCCUUAUUCCUGUUGAUCGAACUUCGCCAUGCUGCGCAGCCGAUCAUUCCACUCGGCCUCCUGAUGCAUCGCAACGUCUGGUCGGCCUGCCUUACCUACUUCUUCGCUCACAUGGCAGCCUUCGCAACCAUGUACUACAUCCCCAUUUACCUCCAGGUUCGGGGGAGCGACCCCACUCACGCCAGUCUGCGGUUCAUUCCCCAGAGCAUGGGUACUGCUAUCGGUGCGUACGGCGCGGGGGUGCUGAUCAAGGUGACGGGUAACUACGUUUAUCUCUCGGCCGCAGCUCACGUCUUCCUGGUCACGGCAUCGGCUCUGGCUGCCACGCUAGAUGGGCAAACGCCGUCCUGGUGUCCCUUUUUCUAUCUUGGCAUGGUGGGACUGGGGUUCGGCGCCAUGCUGGUGACAACUAUGCUGGCGCUCAUCAGUUCGGUGGAGCAUUCUGAGCACGCCAUAGCCACUUCGGCAUCGUUUGCCUUCCGGGCUGUCGGGUCCUCUACCGGCAUCACUCUGGCUUCCGUCGUUUUCCAGAACACCCUCAUCGCAGAUCUCCACCGACGACUAGGUGGCGGCGGAGAGAUCGAUAAACUCAUCGAGCGCAUCCGGAGGAACUUCGACGCCGUGUGGGAACUGGAUCCGCCGACACGAGCCGCAGUCCAGGGCGGCUACUUAGAGUCCCUCCGUUUUGUCUUUAUCACCAUUCUUAUCAUGAGCGUGGCGUCAAUGGCCUGCAGCCUGGUCAUGAGGCAGAACAAGCUGCACAAUAACCUUGCCAGGCGAUGA